AUGGCCCACAAUCAAAUGCUAUCACUACCUGUUAUAAAAUUUCUGGAGCAGCUUAGGAAAAUGAAAUUGCGUGGGUCUAAGUUGCGCCUGGUUAUCCGUAGAACCACUCGUAUUCUUAUCCUUCACCAAUCCAAAAACCCUAGAAAUUCUCUCACUUCCAAGCACUUUCUAGAUUUCUCCUCACGGGUAACUAAAUUUCCAAAACGCGCGCUUCGUGCUUCGACUGGUUCUACUCCCAAAGCGAAAUUCGUCGCCAGACGUAGAGAGUCCGUUUCGGUCCGGCAACUCGGGCGCCCUCUAAGGGAGUACAUGAGUUUGCCAGCUAGCCAGUACUCAGUGUUGGAUGCAGAGAGAAUAGAGAGGGUAGACGACAACACGUUUAGGUGUGAUGUGUAUAGGUUCAAGUUUUUCGCGUUUGAAGUUUGCCCUGUUUUGCUUGUUAGAGUUGAAGAGCAGCCUAAUGGUUGUUGCAUUAAGCUCUUGUCCUGUAAGCUUGAAGGUUCGCCGAUUGUGGUUGCCCAGAAUGAGAAGUUUGAUGCUUCUAUGGUGAACCAAAUUUCUUGUGAUAGCAACCCAAGCAACUCUACAAUACAACGGCUUACUUCAGAUGCAGUCAUUGAGGUUAGCAUCGAGGUUCCUUUUGCAUUUAGAGCAAUUCCAGUUGAAGCAAUAGAAUCGACUGGCACCCAAAUCCUUCAACAAAUACUUGGACUCAUGCUUCCCCGCUUUAUGGCACAGCUUGUAAAAGACUAUCAAGCAUGGGCCUCUGGUGACACGUCUAGGCAACCUCUUGGAACUGGCUACCCAUUUCAUCCUGGAACGAUUUCUGUUAGCUUGUUUCUUACAUUGUCUCUUCCUAAUGGUGGAGAUGGUUUAUUAGGUGGCUCCACUUCCCAAAUCAGAUAA